AUGUUGUGGCAGGUUGUCGGCCUCGUUGUCGUGGCAAUCGCUGUUAAUUUCUACGUGAAUACCUUGUAAGUCCUGGGCUUUUUGGGCUUUUUUUUUAUUUUUCUUUUGUUUUAUUCCUUGCUGUAUUUUAAAAAGACAUGCCGUUUGCAAAAAAAUUAUUAUAUCAAACUCUAAUGUCGCUUUUCGAGUAAUUUCAGACAAUAUUUCUUUUUUUAUGAUGUUUCUCGUUCGUUACAGGAUUUUUAACGGGAUAAACAAGACUUGUUUCAGAAGGGAAAAAAUAUUUUUAAAAAUGUUUUGGAGCAAUUGUGUGGUGCUAUUUUUUCUCCGUAUUUCAAUUGAACAGACCAUUGAAAAUUUGAAAACGUUGCAGAUUUUUUCUCGAUUAUAACAAACGGGUUUUCAACCAUCGGCCGGGUCCCUGUCGCAGAAUCGAAGGAAUCGGUUUCAUUUCUCAUUUUUCGACAAGAAAAAUAUCUGUUUUCAGAAAAUGGGUCCGAAGACAUUGAAUUCGUGGAGAGCAAGAAAUUGGCUUUCAUCACAUCUGGACUCGUCUAUUUCCCAAAUCCGCAUGCAAAAUAUGACGGAAAAAUCUUUUUGUACGAUUUCAAGCAAGGAGACGGGAAAUAUCAAGCGAAAGAUUUGAAAUUUGUCGGAAUGGAGAAUGAGGUUUCUGAAAAAUUGACUUCUUUUUGAAGAUGGAAAAAUUCAGGAUUUCCACCCGCACGGACUUUCUCACUUCAUCCUGAAAGACGGGACCAUCCGGCUUUUCGUAACUUCUCACUCAAAACAGUUCAAACAUUCCGUGUACCUGUUCGACUUUGAUGAGAGCAAACAACAGCUCAAACUCGUGCAGAUUAUUAGAGAUGAGAAGUUUGUGAGGUGAGGGAAAAUCAGUAAAAAAGUAUUUCUUCGACUUGAAAUUUGUGUAUUUUUUUAUUCAAUCACGUGAGAUCUUUUUUCAUCAUUUUUCAAAAGGGUCACUUAAGGGAAAAAUUACUUGGUUUUUCUUCAAGAUAUUUCAAAUUUAAAGGAUCAUCGUCGAGAAAGUGUAUGUCAUUUUCGAAGAAUUUUAGAAUUAUCUCUGACCCUCCAAAAAUUCAGUUGUCUUUUUUUCACUCUCUGACAGCUGUUCGUUAUGAACAAUUUCGAGUAUUUUUAGCAAGUUUUUUUCCGUGAUUUUUUUGAAAAAAAUUCGUUUAUUCCUCUUUUAAAAAAACAAAUAGAAAGGAUAUAAAAAAAAAUUAUUUUUUUUAAAAAUAAGAUUUCAGACCCAAUGACAUUGCGGCUUUUCGGGGAAGAAUCGUUCCUUCUCAGUAACGAUGGAUGUGGCCAAAAUCGCAUCUGGAAUGUUCUCGAGAUCCUUUUCAGUUAUCAGUGCGGAAGCGUUGUCAAGUACGACGGAAAGGUUCUUGGAUUUAUUUUCAAAGAAAAAGACGCAGUUUAAGUUUCAAAAUAUAGGCUUUUUAAAGGUUUUUUGCUUCUAUGUAUGGUUAUCUCUGAGAAAGGGAAAAGCAUUAAGAUACUUCAAAACUAUUAAAAACCUUCCAGUUUCAGAAAAAGGCUUCUAUGAACUUUUGAAUAAGCUCCCAAGUUUUUCAAAAAACCAUUUUUUUCAGAAAGUCGAAGUCGUCGCAGCGCCAGAAGCGUCAAACGGCAUAAUUUUCUCCCGAGACUUUAAAAAAUUCUUCGUUUCUCAUAUCAAUCACAGAACUGUCGCUAUUUAUGAUUGGGAUCAGGUUAAUUAUCAUUAUGAGUUUUGAAAACUCAUUUUUUUCAGAAAAAGAAAACACUUAUCCUUCAAACCAAGGUUCCAUUGUUGACAGCUAUCGACAACUUUUAUAUCGACAAAAAUAAUGUUCUUUGGAUUGUAAGAUCCCAGCAAAAUGCAGUAUAGAUGAAUAAGUGGCUACUUUAGGGAUCCCAUCCGAUUCUCAAAGACGCCGUCGCUCAUUUGGACGCACCUGAUGACUUGAAGUUCAAAGCUCCCUCGCAGGUUUGAUUUUUAAAAAAGUCUCGAUUUUUCGCCUUUUUAUUUCGAAAUCGUUAAGCUUCUCUAAAAAGGAAGUGAUACUUAAAUAUAAAUUUAUAAAAAGGUUGGUUUGACGAUAGCUCGGGCAAUUUUUAAAAAUAGGGGUCUUAAAACCAUUAGCGAGAGAGUAGGUUAAAAGAAGAGGUUCAGACUUUAUCGUUUGGAAGUUUUUUUUCAAUGAAGAAGUGUACAAAAAAAAUUUUCUCCUAUCGCGUUCGAAUCUGUCUUUCGUGCCAAAAAUGCGACCGUAGACUACUUAGAAACUACAGAAUGGUCCCUCUAGGGGCAACCUUAGGGUCCCCUUUAGGGAUCACUUUGCCAGCCUCAUAGAGGCCACUAAAGCUUGCAAAAGGGGUCACUAUUGGGGACAUGCUAGUCGAUAAUUUUUAUGAACUUUAGACGAAGAAGCAUUUCCAUGAGAAAAACUGACUAAAUAAGCUUUUUUGAAUGAAGUUGAGACACUCCUAUAGGGACCACUUUUUCGGCCCCUAUGGGGUUUUCUCCUCCCCCCUAAUCCCUAUAGGGACUACUCUGGAAUUCCUAAGUACGGGACACAUUUCUUCAUAAAAUGGACUAUCAGAUAGCACUACGCGCAAGUAGUUUCUAGUCGGGUGCUGAAACGGCGUUGAUGAUCUUUUCAUAACCAUUGUUGAGCUGUUUUCAAACACUAGGAAUCAGAGAACAUAGUCUGUGGGCCACGACUAGAAUUUCCACGGAACGACAUUCCGCCGUUCCGCUGCGUGCGUUCUCGAAGCGUCUUUCGAAUCUAGGUCACGCUUUCAAUUGAUUGUUAUUGCUGUGAGAGCACGUUAAAGUAGAAAAAAAAAUCAAAAGCGCGACCAAGGUUUGCAAAGGCGCGCAGCGGCACAGCGGAAUGUCGUUUGCUGAAAGUCGUGGUUAUAAAGAAUCUAAACCACUGGGAAAAAGAGAAUAAACAAUCUCCACUAAUCUUUUUUCCCGCAGGUUCUCCGCAUCCAAUUCUCCUCUGACUUCAAAUCUCACGACAUCACGGAAGUCUUUGUCGACGACGGGAACUUCAUCGCCGCCAGUUCGGUCGCCGUCGAACAUAACAACCAACUCCUCAUCGGAAGCGUCGGACGACAACUUGUCCAUUGCGAUAUCGCGCAUCCGGCUGUCGCUAACAGCAAAUUGUGA